CAUUGCGCCGGUCAAUCGAAUUGGAACAAGCAGGACAAGUUCGAAAAUAAUUAUAUUUUUCGAGCAACACAAUUUACAAGCAAUAAAUAAAAAGCAAUUAAUAUGGAAGUACACGUUGAAUUUCCAAGACUACUGCAGAUUGGCUUCAAACUCGUCGGGCACAGGGUACAACAGUAUCGAUUAGCCACCAGCCACACAGUCAUCGUGGAGACGAAAUAUGGUCAAGUUCGGGGUCUAAAGCGUAAGACUGUCUACGAUGAAGAGUUUUACUAUGCCUUCGAGGGUAUACCCUACGCCAAGCCGCCAGUGGGUGAGCUGCGUUUCCGUGCACCAGAACCGCCGGAAGCGUGGAAAGGCGUACGCGAUUGUACCACAUAUAGCGAGAAGCCGCUGCAACGCCACAUGGUGUUGGGUACAAUUGAGGGCUCCGAGAAUUGCCUAUAUCUGAAUGUGUAUGCGAAGCGGAUGCAAACUGAGAAGCCGCUGCCCGUCAUUGUGUGGAUCUAUGGCGGUGGCUUCCAGAAAGGCGAAGCCUCCCGCGAUAUCUACAGUCCGGAUUACUUUAUGAAACAGCCGGUAGUGAUGGUGACCAUCAACUACAGACUGGGAGCGCUUGGUUUUCUCAGUCUUAAAGAUCCCAAGUUGAAUGUGCCUGGCAAUGCUGGUCUCAAGGAUCAGGUGCUGGCACUGCGCUGGAUCAGUGAAAAUAUUGCGCACUUCAAUGGCGAUCCCAAUAAUAUAACACUGAUGGGAGAGAGUGCAGGCGCCGCUUCCACCCACAUUAUGAUGACGACUGAACAGACCCGUGGACUAUUUCACAAGGCCAUAUUGCAGUCGGGCUGCGCGCUAGCCGCCUGGGCGGAUAUGCCGAAUCGCAAUUGGGGGUAUCGUCUUGCCUAUCAGAUGGGCUACCAGGGCAGUGAGGAGGACGCGGAUGUUCUACAAUUUCUUUGUAAGGCACCUGCACGUCAAAUAGCUUCAAGUGAUCAGGACAUUGUUACGCUGGAUGAGGUGCGGAACUUCUAUCUCGUUGCAUUUGGGCCUACCGUUGAACCAUAUGAGAGCGAACAAUGUGUUGUGCCCAGGCAGCUCAAGAAGAUGCAGGCGAGCGCAUGGGGGAAUAACAUUCCCCUCAUCAUAGGCGGCAAUUCAUUUGAGGGACUGUUCUUCUCUCAGGUGGUGAGUAAAGAUCCCUGGGUCCUGACCCACUUCGAUAAUAUAAUACCGCGUGAGGUGAGCAAGGUAAGCACACCGGAGCAACUGCAGCAUAUGGUGCGGCGUCUGAAGCAUGUCUACUUUGGGGACGAGCAGCGCCAGUGUAUGGAGCUCUUGGAGGCACUGUAUAUAUUCUCGCAUCGAGAAGUCUGGCACGAUUUGCAUCGCACUGUCAUGGCUCGAUUGGCUUAUGCUCCUGGGUCAGCCACCUAUCUGUAUCGAUUUGACUUUGACUCGCCGCAUUUCAAUCAGUUCCGCCGUCUUGCUUGUGGUAACCAGGUGCGUGGUGUCUGCCAUGCGGAUGAGCUAUCUUAUCUCUUCUACAAUCUGCUGGCUACAAAAUUGAAUAAAUCCUCGCUGGAAUAUCGCACCAUUGAGCGCAUGGUGGGCAUGUGGACAGCCUUCGCUGCGAGCAGCGAUCCCAACUGUCCGGCCACAGACUCAGCCCAGUGGACACCCGUGGAACUGACCUCGAAUAGAGUGCACAAUUGUUACAACAUCAGCGAGGAGAUGCAAAUGAUGGCACUGCCCGAGGCCGCCAUACUCGCCGUCUGGGAUACAUUUUACGAGAAGGACGCUCUCUACUAAGUCUCAAAUCCAAUUCCAAUUGAAGCACAUAUCUAUUUUUAAGCACAAAGUGCCAAAAUCCUGUUAACUAUAUAAUAUUAUUAAGAUUAGAAACACAUUUUAAAUGCAAUUAUUAAAUCAACUGCUAAACUCAUCAAAUAAAUUCAUUAUACUAUAUUGAAUAUUUAUAUUUGCUUUAUAAUAAGAGGUAAGAAUAAUCGUGACUAACAAAAUAUAAGUUUAUUUUUAAAUUAAGGAAGUCGAAAAUUAAUUCAUUUCUAGAAAAGAUGAGAUGCAAGGGUUGGGUGCAGCUGUCCCCCUGCCUCACUCUCUGUGUAUUUAUACAGCUUUUUACACAUAACUUAAAUUAUUAUAUUCAACUAAAAAUGUAAAAUAUUAUAAAGCGGUCAAGCACACACACAAACUUACACAUCACACACCUACGCACUUAUUGGCGCAUCAAGCCUGCUUGCCAUUGCAGCCAUUUUGCGGAUAUUGCAAAAAUUUGAAAUAUUUCUCAUGUAGAGAUACCAAGCGCAGUCUGAUAAAAUAUUGCAAUUAAAAUUUAUGUAAAUUAAAUUAGUUUUAAAAAAAUGUCAUAUUUUCAGCGCACAAAAUAAAUGUAAUUAAAUUAUUUUAUCUUA